AUGAAGGUAGCAGACUCCAGUCAUUUCGUUCAGUCACAAACUGGAAGGGAGGAGAUUCAUUCUUCUGAUAUAAAUGGUAAAAAGGGAAAUAGUGUUGGCUGUAAUGAAUACGAGCCAAGAAUUUUGAACUCAAAUUCAAUCAAGGAGACCUCUAUUAAUAUAAACGUUGGAGAAGUUGGUUCUUACACCUGCAAUCUUGACAUUGACCCAUUUUGGCCACUUUGCAUGUAUGAACUCCGAGGAAAAUGCAAUAAUGAUGAUUGUUGUUGGCAACAUGUUAGAGACUACUCUAACAGAAAUAUGAACUAUGAUAAGUCUGACAACUCUGAUUGUCAUGUUGGAUCAUUGCUGCACAAAGUGGAAUUCGGUGGUGCAACAAAUCUUUCUAAGUGUCUUGAUUUUCUUGUUUUGGCUCCCCCAACUUACCUGGUUUGCCUGGAUACUCUGAAAGCUGAUUUGCAUUCAUAUAAAUCUGUUCUAGUUGAAGGUGUUGGACGGUGCUGGAAGAAGUGUUUUAGUGCUUCCUUUGUUCUUUCAAGUUUACUUCCAACAGAUUUGCCUUCAGAUGAGCCAUUUUUGCAUGGGACUGAAACUCGUGUUGAGGUCCAUGGUGUUUGGAAUAGGCGAUCAUUGUAUUAUCAGUGUAGAAAUGGCGCAGUGAGUCAACUUGACCAACAUUUGGCUGAUGGUGAGUUAUCCUUGGAAAUGGCUCUCCUUAAUCUGAAUCAGGAGAUUAAUAAGCAAAAGGGCCGCAUCGAGGCUCUUAAAGUGCUUGCUGGAGCUCUUGAGGCUGAUCCAACAUCUGUGGUUCUCUGGGUUGCUUACUUGCAAAUUUUCUAUAGCAAUCAGACAUCAGUUGGGAAGGAUGACAUGUUCCACUGUGCGCCUGCUCAUUUGCAUUGUUUCCAUGCCACCAAUAAGUCAAUUGGGAAGGAUGACAUGUUCCAUCAUGCAUGGACUCUGAUUACACCUGAGACCCCUGGUUGCGUUAUGGUUUCUGUAUGGCUGACCCUGAUAAUAGACCUGGUAAUGACCAUUGAGGCUCUGUUUUCAGCUUGUUUCUUGGGGCCAGCAAAUUUGUACCGACUGUGUAGCUUGGUUGAGCGUGUCCGAUGUGCCAAACUUGGGUUCCCUGCCUUGCUUUCAGAUGAUGGUGUGAUGUAUGGUUAUAUCUAUGAAGACUUGUGGUGCCCCUAUACUUGUUUGAGGCCACCUGCUCAUUUGCAUUGUUUCCAUGCCACCAAUAAGUCAAUUGGGAAGGAUGACAUGUUCCAUCAUGCAUGGACUCUGAUUACACCUGAGACCCCUGGUUGCGUUAUGGUUUCUGUAUGGCUGACCCUGAUAAUAGACCUGGUAAUGACCAUUGAGGUCUCUGAGUGGCUGUUUUACUUUGGGAUUUGUUAUGUUUGGCUCCAGUCCAAUAAAUGUAUUGAGGAAUGGACAAGAUCUGUCCGAUGUGCCAAACUUGGGUUCCCUGCCUUGCUUUCAGAUGAUGGUGUGAUGUAUGGUUAUAUCUAUGAAGACUUGUGGUGGCCCUAUACUUGUUUGAGGCCAGUCGUACACAAUGAUGGAUCCUAUGAACUCUGGCUCAUGUACAUUAACAGUAGAGUGCAAAUUGACAAUAGGUUGAUUGCAUAUGAUACUGCACUCUCAGCACUUUCUCGCCACUCAUCUGCCUCUGACGGGGAUGCUAUGCAUGCAAGCGAGUGCGUCUUGGACCUUUUUUUGCAGAUGAUGAAUUGUUUAUGCAUUUCUGGGAUGGUUGGGCAGGCAUUUGAGAAAAUACAUGGACUAUUCCCCUCAUCUAAGAAAUCUGAUGAGCCUUAUUCUCUGUUUCUUUCUGAUAUCCUUGCUUCCUUAACCAUUCGUGACAAAUGUAUCUUCUGGAUAUGUUGUGUAUAUUUGGUUGUGUAUGAAAAACUGCCUGAUGCUGUAGUACAGCAAUUUGAAUGUCAGAAAGAACUCUCUGCAAUCGAGUGGCCUCUUACUGACUUAACAGAUGACAGGAAGCAGCUAGCAGUUAGACUCAUGGAAAGGGCAGUGGAUUUCCUUGCUUUGUAUAUUGAUUGUGACUCACUUGAAAAUGAACCGACUCUAGGAGCAGCAAAAUGGUUUGCUGUCAACCACAUCAGGUGUAUAGCGGUGCUUAAAGGCUUAGAAUGUAGUAGAAACUUGUUGGACAAAUACAACAAACUGUACCCGUCUUGCUUAGAACUUGUUUUGAUGUUAGCACGCACACGAGAACAUGGUUUGUUGGAUCCAAGUUUUAUAGGAUUUGAAGAGGCUCUUGGUAACUGGCUGGAAGGAGUUCCUGGAGUGCAGUGCAUUUGGAACCAGUAUGCUGAAUGUGCACUCCGGAAUGGCAGAUUUGAUUUUGUACAAAAACUAAUGGAUCGAUGGCAUCACUCAGUUUGGGAAGUUCAGUGUGCUCAGUGUGGUGUUUCAGAUACCAUGGAUGCUCAAAACUCCAACAGCUCACCAAAAACGUUUCCAGCAGGAGACCCUGAUGCUUGGAUUUCUGUCUCUAGCAAAGUUGAUGUUGUGUUUGGGCUACUUAAUCUCUCUCUACAUAAGCUUUUGCAUAAUGAUCCCUUUGAAGCACGUCUAGCCAUGGACAGAGCAUUGGAGGAGGCUGCCUCUGAGGAUUAUAGACAUUGUGUGAGAGAGCAUGCCGUGUUUUUGGUGAGGGAUGGUUCACAAUUUAAGAAGGAUGAUCCUAUCAGUAAGAUAAUAACCAUCUUGAAUGGUUAUGUAGUCGAUGAGCGGGCUUUCCGUGCCUCCAAACCAUUGUCCAGAAAGUACAUUCAGAGCAUAAAGAAACCGAGAGUCCAGCAGCUAGUCGGCAGCCUAUUGAGUCCGUUGUCAACUGAUUUUUCUUUGGUGAACUUGGUUCUUGAAGUAUGGUAUGGCCAAUCUCUCUUACCUGAAACAUUGAGUAGAGUAACGGAUCUGGUGGAUUUCAUUGAGGCCGUCAUGGAGAUUCUGCCAUCCAACUAUCAGCUAGCAAUUUCUGUCUGCAAGCUGCUAAGCAGAGGCUCUAACUCUGGCGAUGUUGCUGCCAGUGUUUCUUUCUGGGCAAGCUCACUCUUGGUACAUGCACUCUUUCAGGCUGUUCCAGUAGCACCGGAAUUUGUAUGGGUAGAAGCAGCAUAUGUUUUGCAUAAUCUGACACAUAUCCAUUCUAUCUCUGAGAGUUUUCAUAGGAGAGCUUUAGACGUAUAUCCAUUCUCCAUCAAGCUGUGGAAAUCCUAUCUCAACGUAUCAAGGACUACGGAAAAUGUGAGUUCUGUUAUAGAAGGAGCGAGAAAAAGGGGGAUCACACUGGAUUAAUGAUGAUAGUACCUUCCAACAAAAAAAUAUGAAGGUAGAUGGGUUGGUUGCAUUGGCGUUGGCUGAAGCAAAUUUUGGGGCAAUUUUUGCUUGGUAGUGUUUGGGGGAGGCCGGCCUUGGGUUCCCUUUGUUAAUGAUACCCAUUGUUUGUACCAGAAUAUGGAAUUUCGAAGGCAUAGAAGACAGUAACUUCCAAGGUAUACCGGAUAAUCAAAAGGUUUUCUUACUCACAAUUUUGGAGUAUAGGUUUGUAGAUCAGACAUAGUGCUGUUGUUUGUCCUAUCCCCCC